GCAGGACCAGCCCUGGUCACAUCUCAGUUCAUGUCCUGGUCUGCCAUCAGUCCUCUCUCCCACUGGGACCACCAUGAGCCCAACCCUCUCUGCCCUGCUGUGCCUUGGGCUGUGUCUGGGCCACAGGAUGAGGGCACAGGAAGACGAGCUUCCCAGACCCUCCCUCAGGGCAGAGAAUGGGACACUGGUGCCCCUAGGGAGAAGCGUGACCUUCAGGUGCUGGGGGUCACCGGGGGCUGCUGAAUACUUUCUGGUGAAAGAGCUGGGAUCUGGAUUCCAACGUAUCGACUCCAAGGUGUCGGAGGAAGUUGAGGUCGAGUUUUCCAUCCCAUCGAUGACACUGAAUCACGCAGGGACCUACUCCUGCUACUACAGAACAGCGUCCUUCUGGUCAGAGCUCAGUGACCCCCUGGAGCUGGUGGUCACGGGUAUAUAUCCUUCACCCUCCCUCUCAGCCUGGCCCAACUCCACGGUGGCCUCAGGACAGGCCGUGACCCUCCAGUGCCAUUCGCAGCUGCCCCAAGAUCAGUGUGUCCUGUACAAGGACGGAGCACAGGUCACCCAGGCCCCGGCCCAGCCCUAUGCAUGGGGCUCUCAGGCCAUUUUUAUCAUCCCUGCCGUGAGCUCUGCCCACAGAGGGACGUACCGAUGCUACAGCUUUCAGAGUCGCUCCCCCCAUCAGUGGUCAUUCUCCAGUAACUUCCUGGAACUCAGGGUCACAGGUCCUGCAGCCCAGGAUUACACGGUGGGCAACGUCAUCCGCCUCAGUCUGGCCGGACUGGUGCUCGUCCUCCUGGGGGUCCUGCUGGCUGAAGCCUGGAACAGCUGCAGGGGACACCCAGGGGGAGCUCCUGCAUCUUCUGACAGAAGGGAAGGUGGGGCUGGGGGGCACUGAAGCCGCGGAUCCCAGAGACUCCCGGAGUCCUGCCCACUCUCAGACAGAGGCAUUUGGGGGGUCUACACCAAUCUCAUCAUUGGGUGGCGAGUGUCCACACCAUCCCCAUCAACGGUAUGGCAGGAGCAAUCCAC